AUGAUCGUCCCAUCGCUAUUAUUUCUCGUUGCGGUCGCCUACGCCAAUGAAGAUGAAGGUUGGCAGGAGAAACGCGCCGUAAUGCCAUUUUCUGGUGGACUUUAUGGAAAACGAGCUGUAAUGCCAUUCUCUGGUGGUCUCUAUGGUAAACGAGCAGCGAUGCCAUUUUCAGGCGGGUUAUACGGUAAACGAGCCGACCGAUAUAUUCGAUCACCGAUGCCAAUAUCUGGAGGUAUUUUCGGCUAA